AUGUCCACCCCCAACACCCUCGUCGUCGGCACGCGCAAGUCCAACCUUGCCCUCAUCCAGACCCACAUGGUCGCCGACGCCCUCGCAUCCGCCAACGAGGGCACCGCGUUCCCCGUCGUGGACAUGACCACUGCGGGCGACCGUAACCAGACCACCCCCUUGCACCUCCUCUCGCCUUACAACUCGACCACCCCGGCCAAGUCGCUGUGGACCGACGAGCUCGAGAGCGCGCUGCUCGACGGCCGCAUGGACCUGCUCGUCCACUCGUGCAAGGACGUCCCCACCACUAUCCGCCAGGGAUGCGAGAUCGGCGCCCUCCUCGAGCGCCAUGACCCCCGCGACGCCUUUGUGGUCAAGGCUGGCCUGCACUACAAGACCAUUGACGAGCUGCCCGCCGGCGCCGUCGUGGGCACUGGAUCCGUCAGGCGUGUCGCUCAGUUGAGCCGCGCGUACCCGCACCUCAAGUUUGCCGACAUGCGCGGCAACCUCAACACCCGUCUCGGCAAGCUCGACGCCGAGGACUCUCCGUUUGCGGCCCUCAUCCUCGCCGUGUCCGGCAUGACCCGCGUCGGCAUGCAGGACCGCAUCACCUCGCCGCUCGGCGCGCCUGCACUCAUGCACGCCGUCGGCCAGGGCGCGCUCGCCGUUGAGAUCCGUACGGGCGACGCCAAGGCGCGCGCCGCCCUCGCCCCCCUGGGCCACUGGCCAAGCGAGUGGCGCGUCGGCGCCGAGCGCGGCCUCCUCCGCGUCCUCGAGGGCGGCUGCAGCGUCCCCGUCGGCGUCGAGACCGAGCUCACCGAAGUCGACGCCGCCACCGCACCGCACUACCCCGCCGGCACGUUUGCGCCGCUCACCACGUCGUCUGCUACCUUGCACUUUUCGGGCGUCACCUCGGAACCCAUCCCGGCCAGCGGCAUGCCGGCCCUGCGCGCGCGCCGCGCCGCGCUCGACCUCAAGGCGUGCGUCACGUCGCCCGACGGCUCGCGCCACGUCCUGUACGAGCCUGGACCCGUCGUCGUGUCGUCGUACCAGGAGGCCGAGCGGUGGGGCGAGGACGUCGCCCGCCAGCUGCGUACCCUCGGCGCCGGCGAGAUCCUGGAAGAGAUCGAGGUCCAGAGGAAGCAGCGCGAAAAGGAGCUGCAGGCAGAGGGCGAGGCGGCGCGGGCGGCCGCGCUGGCGCUGCAGGCCCAGGCAUAG